AUGGCAAGCCGUGAAGCUGCAAGAUCAAGGAGAAGGGUCGUGCCAGCCGCCGAGCUGCAUAACGUUUUGAUACGGUUUUCAGUCAGGUACGCCCCGCAAUUGAAUGAAAGAGAAAUUUCUCGGUAUCCUUGGCAACUUCAAGUUCUGCUGAGGGGAUCCAAUGUCAAUCGUCAAUCGUCUUUCAUGAAUAUAAAGUACAUACUCCGUCCCGAUACCGGUACUAUGGAACAUGAUUGGGGAUUCCUUUUGUAUGGUCAUAGCUCCUCGGUUACCGCAGACGCUAGUGAAGAGCUAUGA